UUUGCGCAAGCCCGCGGUGACUUUUUACUCUGCUACUUUUUGUGUGCCUGUGUCAUGUCUACAGAGAGGUUGAGAGCUGAUGGACGUGAAAAAGAAGGAAAAGAAGAACGCGGAGCCGUUCAGCCGCUCGGAGGUUUUCAGCCAGCUCAGGAGGGAACUCCACGGACAGUUGCAGUCCGAUCGUUCCAACAUCUUCAUCAUCCUGGGAGCCUCGGGAGAUCUUGCCAAAAAGAAGAUCUACUCAACUUUAUGGUGGUUGUUCCGAGAUGGCCUGCUUCCAGAGGACAGCUACUUUGUGGGCUUUGCCCGCUCUAAUUUGACGGUGGAGGACAUCAAGGUGGCUUGUCUGCCUUACAUGAAGGUGACUGAUGGCGAAGGUGAGCGACUAUCCACCUUCUUCAGCAGGAACUCGUACCAGAGCGGUCGCUACGACGACGCCGGUUCUUUCCGCAAGCUUGAUGCUCAUGUGUCCUCUCUGCCUGGCGGAGCCGAGGCCAACCGGCUCUUCUACCUGGCGUUGCCUCCCACCGUCUACCACCAUGUCUGCACAAACAUCAGCGACCACUGCAUGAGCCCCAAAGGUUGGAACCGGCUCAUCGUUGAGAAGCCUUUCGGACGUGACCUGCAGAGCUCGCAGGAGUUGUCCACACACAUGGCCUCGCUCUUUGCAGAGAAACAGAUCUACCGCAUUGACCACUACCUGGGCAAAGAGAUGGUCCAGAACCUCAUGGUGCUUAGAUUUGGCAAUCGCAUUUUCGGACCAAUUUGGAACAGGAACAACGUGUCAUGUGUGGUGCUAACCUUCAAGGAACCUUUCGGGACAUAUGGCCGCGGAGGAUACUUUGAUGACUUUGGCAUUAUUCGAGACGUGAUGCAAAAUCAUCUCCUCCAGAUGCUCUGCUUGGCCGCCAUGGAGAAGCCCACCUCCACAGGGCCAGAUGACGUCAGAAAUGAGAAGGUGAAGGUGUUGAAGUGCAUCGCUCCCGUGGAUGCGUCCAAAGUGCUGCUCGGCCAGUACGUGGGGGACCCCGAGGGCGAGGGCCAAGCCAAGUUGGGUUAUCUUGAUGACCCAAGUGUCCCUGAAGGCUCCUGCACUCCCACCUUUGCCACUGCUGUGCUUUACGUGCACAACGAAAGAUGGGACGGAGUGCCUUUCAUCCUCCGGUGCGGUAAAGCGCUAAACGAGCGCAAGGCGGAGUUGCGGCUGCAGUUCACCGACGUGCCCGGCGACAUCUUCGGAAAUGGAUGUCAGAGGAACGAGCUGGUGGUCCGCGUGCAGCCGGACGAAGCCAUCUACUUGAAGAUGACCACCAAGAGGCCCGGGGCCCACUUCAGCCCUGAGGAGACCGAGCUGGACCUCACCUACAGGAGCAGAUACAAGAACGUGAAGCUACCGGACGCGUACGAGAGGCUCCUGCUGGACGUCAUCUGUGGCAAUCAAAUGCAUUUCGUGCGAAGCGAUGAGUUACGAGAAGCCUGGAGAAUUUUUACUCCUCUCCUGCACCAAAUUGACGAGAAGAAGACACGUCCUUUACCCUACAAAUACGGGAGUCGCGGCCCGAGCGAAGCUGAUGAGCUGCUGAGGACGUUUGGAUUCCGCUAUGAGGGGAAAUACAAGUGGGUGCAACCUCACUUGUGACCCGCCUGCAUGCAUGCAUGCACACACAGCAUGCGCCACUGUUGACAAGUUUCUAAACAAUAAAGUUCACUCAAAGUCACUUCU